UGUCACGGCAAGCGAGCUGGUGUGGGACCUGCCUCUGAAGCCUGGCGCCCGGCGGGUGGGGGCGCUGGUUCACAAGGGCGAACAGAAAGCUGCGUCCGGCGAGGUCGACAUCACCGCCACCACUGCAACUGGCAAUGGUGCUGGUGUCAACCUCGAGCUGGCGGCCAAGGUGGUUGGAAGCAACGGUAACGGCAACAGCAAAGUUGGUGAUACGGUUGUGGUUGUUGUUCAGGAGGUAUGGCUGGUAGGUACGGAGCACCGGGCCUACUACUCCCCCCCGGAUAUGAGCCAGGUGCCGGCCGGGUCGGUCAACAAGCAGGCGGCGCAUUGGGUAUCUCCCGGCUUGCUGCUGUGGCGCCAGGCAGCCCAGGACGCCGGGGGGCCCCGGGCCUUCCGACUGCACUUCCACAGCCGGGGGUACGGCUGGAUCAACGGCGUGGGGGUCCAGGGUACCGAGGCGAGCUGGGAGCUCACCGCAGCGCCGCCGCAGGCCGCCAACGAUGCCAUCAAGCGCUUCCCGCACCUGUACGGCACCACACCGCUAGUCGUACCGCCGGAGGCGGCAGCACGAGUUUCGGAGCUGGUGACAGGGCAGCUCCUGGUUUCCGUACAUGAUGCGAUGGGGGGUGCCCUGGAUGCGACCGGCGUACAGGUAGAUGAUGUGGUGGGGGUCCAGGGUGUGCUUGACGAGACGUUGACGUACGACGGUCCGCUGGGUGACCACCCCAACCCCGCGACGGGGGGGCAUGCGAUCACAGUAUGGGCCCCCACCGCCACGGACGUCAAGCUGCUGCACUACCGGGCAGCUCGAGGAGGGACCGCCGAGGUGUUUCAGAUGUCCCGUGGGUCGGGCGGCACCUGGAGCAUGCCACGUCCUGCCGACUGGCUCUGGUCGUACUACACCUACCGAGUCACCAACUACUGCCCCUGGACGGCGCGAUUUGAGACCGUUGAGGUAACGGAUCCGUACAGUCGGGGCCUGGCGGCGGACGGUGCUCGUACACAGAUGGUGGAUCUGUCGGAUCCCGCCACCAUGCCGGGGGGGUGGCUGGAGCACCUGGCCCCCUCCCUGGAGCAGUGGACUGACGUAUCCGUGUACGAACUGCACGUCCGGGACUUCAGCAUUACGGACGAAUCUGUCCCGGAACAUCUUCGUGGUAAGUACCUGGCCUUCUGCCCCAAGCGGGUGGUUGCAGCCGCGGCUGUAGCAAGGGGGGGCUUGAAGGCGGCGGCAGCAGCAGGGGGGCUAAGUGCGGGUUUGGCGCAUUUAGCUGCAUUGCGUGCCGCUGGCCUCAACCACCUGCACCUCCUGCCAACGUACGACUUCGCUACGGUUCCGGAGCGGCCUGAGGAGCAGCUGACGGUCAAGGAGGACUUGUCUGUGUACCCGCCGGACUCGCCCGCCCAGCAGGCUGCCGUACUUGCGGUCGCAGAUUCCGACGGAUUUAACUGGGGGUACGAUCCCGUACAUUACGGCGUACCGGAAGGGUCGUACGCCACGGAUCCAGACGGAAUCGCCAGGAUACGGGAGUUUCGGGAGAUGGUGCAGGCUCUUCACUCCCAGGGCUGGCGAGUGGUCCAGGACGUUGUGUACAACCACACCUUCGCCUCCGGACCAUCUAGUCGGUACUCCGUGUUGGACAAGAUCGUCCCCGGCUACUACCACCGGCGGCACGAGGACGGCUCCAUGUGCGACUCCACGUGCUGCAACAACACGGCCACAGAGCACGUCAUGUGCGAGAGGCUGGUGGUGGACGACAUAACGCAUUGGGCCAGAAACUACAAAGUGGACGGAUUCAGAUUCGACAUCAUGGGUCACCUAAUGUUGAGCACCAUGACCAAGAUACGGACAUCCCUGGACGCCCUCACACCUGAAAAGGAUCACGGUGUUCGCGGCCGCUCCAUCUACCUGUACGGCGAGGCAUGGGACUUCGGCGAGGUGGCGGGCAAUCAGAGGGGCCGUAACGCGGCCCAGAUGAACUUGGCGGGCACCCGGUUGGGCGCCUUCAACGAUAGGCUGCGGGACGGAGCUCUCGGAGGGGGCCCCUUCGCACCCCCGCAGUUCCAGGGGCUGGUUACGGGCCUGUUCCUGGCCCCUAACCCCGCUGCCCAGUCAGAUCAGGGGGGCCCUGACGACCAACGAGCUGAGCUGCUGGUACUCACUGACUGGGCUCGGUCCGCAUUGGCUGGGAACCUGAGGGUCUACCCUCUGCAUCUGUGUGAUGGCUCCACGCGCGCUGGCGAGGAGGUCCUGGCCCACGGGUUUCCCCUGGCGUACGGCGGCCUGCCGUGCGAGCACGUGGCCUUUAUUGGCUGUCACGACAACAAAACCAUGUUUGAUCAGAUCAUUGAGAAGGCCCCGGCCAAUGUACGUGGCGACUGGUUCAACCGUAUCGACUGGACCGCCUCCUCCCACAACUUCGGUGUGGGUCUCCCCGUGGCCACCAAGAACGGCGGCGCCUGGGGCUACAUGCGAGCGCUCCUGGGGCAGGCGGACAGGAUAAGGCCCUCGCGACAGCAAAUGAUCUCCACCACCAAGAUAUUUCAGGCUCUGCUCCGAGUGCGCUACUCGUCACCGCUGUUCAGGCUGGCGGCCACUGCUGAUGUCGUACGGCAGGUGGCGUUCUACAACACCGGUCCGGAUCAGAAACCCGGACUCAUUGUCAUGGAGCUGGUCAGUGCGCCGUACAGUGACGGUGACGCGUUUCAAGGUGUGUACGAUCCCAUGUACGAGCGCCUGGUAGCGGUCUUCAACUGUGCGCCGUACACCAAUGAUGUGCCGUACCCGCCCGGUGUGGCGCCGGGCGGCAGCCUGCAGUUGCAUCCCGACCUGGCGGGUGUUGGCGACCCCCGGCUCUCCGCCGCUACUGCCGACGACGUCCACCGCAAGCUGCACGUGCCCCCACGCACCACCGCCGUAUUCGUACAGCAGCGGAAGAGCCCCUAG